AUGACAAGGUUGCCCCUCCCGCUCUACCUGCUCGUCCUCGCAGUCCUUGCGCCGUCCCCUGUUCAUGCCUCGCCGGCGUCAAAUCUCACAUUGCGGUCCGCGACUUGCGCCUCCGCUGGCCGGCAAAGCUGCCCAAAGGACGUUACGGACAAGUUUUGCUGUCCCAGCGGCAGCUCCUGCAUCGGCCUCGCUGGAAAUACCACGGUUCUUUGCUGUCCCGGCAACAGCUCGUGCAGGAAAAUUCAACCCAUCACGUGCAACAUCCGCAAGCAGGAUCCCGAGCAGAAUUCCGAGGCGCCCAUCCAGACUACCGUCUUCGAUGUCGACCUCGAAAAGUGUGGAAAUGACCUUUGUUGCCCCUUUGGCUUCUCCUGUGCCGUCAGCGGCAAGGAAUGCACCAUGGACCUGGACCAGACCAAGCUACCGGCCAGAAAGACUGGGAAGAGUGACGCAGAUGCAACGACGAGCACAGCCACUGGGUCGACCACUGGGUCUGCGAUGGCCUCGGCCACUGGGUCGGCCACUGGCACGUUCUCAUCAGUGACCCCCACAAUCCCGAGCCAGGAUGUUGACGGUUCGAAAUCAAGCUCGGACAAGUCGUCCAUCAUUGGUGGCACUGUUGGGGGCUCUCUUGGCUUGCUACUCAUCGUCUCCAUCGCCUUUUUUUGCAUUCGACGCAGGCGUCGUGCGACAGAGUCUGAGCGGAAUAUCAGCCCCUUGGCCCACGGUGCCGUCAUCUCCGCUCCCGUAGUCCACCCCGACUCGUACCGGAGCGACUUCCUGCACAGAAGCCCUACUGCUCAACGACCAUUCUCCCCUGAGCCGCAGACUCCGCCACAAACUCGACAUCACAGCGUGGCGCCACGAAUAUCUAUCCCAAAUCCCUUUGACUCCCGAAGCCUCUCGGCGUACUCUCAUGCGGCAUCGGUUUCGUCAUCCAGCUCCCUCGAGGAGUGCUCCGCGCGGACAGGCCAUGUCGUUGGCGCACACCUUGAUCCCAUUCGCGCCUUGGAGCCUUCUGAGAUGCGACAUUCCCACCGGCUGUCGACGCAAGAUAUCCAACACGAGGCUCAUGGCAAGUCCUAUGGCAUCGCGGCGGAAUCGACCACGACGAACAGCAACCCCUAUCGCUUGACAACCCUCACCGACCUGCUUGAGCAUGCUCGUUUUGAAGAUUCGCGUACGGGCAAGCCGUACGUUCCAGGGGUGACCCCUGUCAUUUGA